UGAUGCUGGCAUGUCAUGAGAUAUUUAAAUAAGAAAUCUAUUUCUUACAGUCACGAUGAGUGCCAGUCGUUGCCAAAUGGCUGUGGUAACCGAUUCUUCUCUGUAGUAUUCCGUGCGGGUCUCAAGAAAAGACGGGAAGAAAAGGCUGUUGAUAAGAAGUUGAUGGCUAGGAUGGCAUGGAAAAAUGCUGUGAUGAAGGCUCGCACUCUUGGGGAUCCUUGGGAGAAGUUUCAUCUGGAUACAUACAAAACCGAGAAAGCUAAACGUCACCGGUACAAUGCCAUGAGGCAGAAUUGGGUUGUUGAUGAGGUUGUGGUCAAGAUGGAGAAUGAACCUUUCAACCACGGAGCUAUGAGAGAAUGCUUUCGCAUGAAGAAAUUGAGUAACUUCUCAAAGGAUGAUUGGAUGCGUGCACACAACUAUGUGGCCAAGCGGUAUAUGGAUGAAGACACUCACAGGGAAACCUACUUUGAUGAUGUUAGACUCCAGAUGGAUGCCAAGUUAUGGGGAGAAGAGUACAAUAGGCAUAACCCACCAAAAAAGGUAGACAUAUUCCAAAUGGCUAUCUUGGAAAUGGUGGAGAGAGAGGGCAGUCCCCUGUAUCACCUUGAGCACUUCAUUGAGGGUCAAUAUGUCAAGUACAACUCCAACUCUGGCUUUGUACUAUGUGAGGCCAUUCGAAUGACCCCACAAGCAUUCUCCCAUUUCACAUUUGAAAAAUCUGGACAUGAACUAAUUGUAGUGGACAUCCAGGGAGUUGGCGAUUUGUACACAGAUCCACAGAUUCACACAAGCCAUGGAAAUGACUAUGGUGAUGGUAACUUGGGAACUCGAGGAAUGGCAUUGUUCCUGCAUUCUCACCAGUGCAACUCCAUAUGUGAGAGCCUGAGUCUCACGCCAUUUGACUUGGCCCCUUCUGAGAUUGAAGUUAACAAAAAUAUUGCCAACCUUCAGGUUUCCUGUAAAACAGUGGUUCGUGGGACUGAAGAAAUUGUGGUGACACCAACAGAAGAAGAGAAAGAACACAUUCAGGAAUACAUCCGCAUGCGCUCCCUCUCUUCAGGAUAUGUUUCUGGAGAUGAUAAGCCAAGGGUCAAGCUUACCUCUAUCAGUUCUACAGAUUCUCUUGAGAGUGAUGACUUUCCUUUGAUGUCUGAAAGUGAAGAUUCCAUAGUGGAUUCUGCACGUCAGGAACACAGACAGCGACAGUUAUCAUAUAAUGCUAGAGUGCGACUUGACUCAAUGACAGAUUCUGGUACUGACACUGAAACCAAAGAAAAAGACCUCCUUCGGGUAUGUAUCUGAUAACAUGCUGUAAAU